AGAGAAGAAAAGGUAAACAAAGAUCAAGACUGAAGAUGUCUAGAUGAGAGGGAUGUAAAAUCAGACACUAGCGGAACAAGAGGUAAAACUUAAAACGCUGGACUGUGGAGAGAAAGAAGAACAAGGAAAAAGGUAGAGAAGGGAUUUAGGUAAUGCAUAAGAGGAAAGAGAAGGAACUAGUGAAGACAAGACAUUAUUAUAGCUAACAGAAGGGACAAUAGGACAAGAGAGAGAGAGAGAAGCAAGAAGAGGAAGAGAAGAGGAUCUAAAGACAUCUGGAGGUACUUGGGGAAACUUGGUUGUACAGGAUGGAUAAAGUGGAACGUGUAAUGAAGAUGGUGAAGAGGAUGUCACCCAGAAAGAAGAGGAGAGAAGGAGGAAGAGGAGGACCGGGGGAGCUGGAGAGUCCGGACACCCUGUGUGAUGAACUGUGUCGAUUCAACCUCUGCAUCUCUGAUGAGGGGCCAUAUGGAAAAACAAAGGAUAUCUCUGGACCAGAACACACCAUGACUUUGAGAAGGCACAGUAUACCAGAAGCUCUACGGGGGGUGACCAUGGUGGAACUGGUGAAAAAAGAAGGCAGCACACUUGGACUCACCAUCUCAGGAGGAACGGACAAGGAUGGGAAACCACGGGUAUCUAAUCUACGGCCAGGUGGGCUGGCAGCCAGGAGUGACCAGCUUAAUGUCGGGGAUUACAUCAAAUCUGUGAACGGCAUCAAUCUGACCAAACUGAGGCAUGAAGAAAUUAUUAGUUUAUUAAAGAACAUUGGAGAGAGAGUCCUGUUGGAGGUGGAGUAUGAGCUGCCCCCUACAGCACCAGACAGCACAUCAGGGGUAAUAUCCAAGACAAUCGACAUCUGUUUGCACAAAGAGGGAAGCAGCUUUGGUUUUGUCAUGAGAGGUGGAACCCAUGAAGACUGGCACAAGUCACGGCCCUUAGUGGUCACCUACGUCAGACCUGGAGGUCCUGCAGACAGAGAAGGAACGCUGCGUCCGGGUGAUCGCCUCUUAAGUGUGGACGGCGUUCCUUUACACAGCGCCAGCCACAACGACGCCCACAGCGUGUUGGCUCAGUGCGGCCAAGAAGCCCUGUUCCAGAUAGAGUACGACGUCACAAUAAUGGACACGGUGGCAAAUGCUUCUGGUCCGCUAUUGGUGGAGAUUGCAAAGUCGCCAGGGGCAACGCUGGGCAUCACACUGACGUCGGCCAAUCAUCGGAACAAGCAGGUCAUCGUUAUUGACCGGGUUAAACCUGGCAGCGUGGUGGACAGAUGUGGAGCGCUGCAUCCAGGGGAUCACCUCCUGUCCAUAGACGGGACGUCAACAGAACACUGUACUGUGUUGGAGGCAACGCAGUUGUUAGCAAGCACAACGGAACUGGUCAAGUUAGAAAUGCUUCCUUCACAUCAAACCAGGCUAGCAGGGAAGCAGCAUGACACAGUGAAGGUCCAGAAAUCAGAUCAUCCCCACACCUGGGACCCGUGUAUAAACUACUGUCAUCCUCCAAACUCAACCCUCUGCAACACAAGCUCCACCCUCAACAAGUCCUGGACCGCGUCCAACAACAACACAAUCAACAGCCUGGACUACUGCAAGUCUCUUGUCUGUGCCAGUUUCUCCACCAGCUCUACCACCACGUCAGGCCCCAGCAGCCAGAGCUCCAACACGCUGCCCAGGCCUGCAGCUCCCAUGAGUCCCCGCAACUCGCUGCUCAAACGACGGCAGAGGAAGAAAGAGCACAAAAGUUCCUUGUCCCUGGCAUCGAGUUCGGUUGGUCCUGGCGGUCAGGUGGUCCAUGUAGAGACCAGUGAGGUCGUCUUAACAGGUGAUCCUCUCAACGGCUUUGGAGUGCAGCUGCAGGGAGGAAUAUUUGCAACUGAAACUCUCUCUGCACCUCCACUCAUUCGAUUCAUCGAGCCGGACAGCUCAGCCGAAAGGUGUGGCCUGCUGCAGGUUGGAGACCGUCUUUUGUCAAUCAACGGAAUCCCCACAGAAGACGGAACGCUCGAGGAAGCCAAUCAACUUCUCCGAGACGCUGCAUUGACCAAUAAGGUCGCGCUGGAAAUCGAGUUUGAUGUAGCAGAGUCAGUGGUGCCUAGCAGUGGGACGUUCCAUGUCAAGUUACCAAAGAAAAGAGGAGUGGAGCUGGGGCUCACCAUCAGUGCCAGCAAGAAGCCUGGAGAGCCGCUCAUCAUUUCUGACAUCAAGAAAGGCAGCAUGGCUCACAGAACUGGGACUCUGGAGCCUGGCGACAAGCUUUUGGCGAUUGACAACAUCAGGCUGGAGAAUUGUUCCAAGGAAGACGCAGAGCAUAUUCUCCAACAGUGUGAGGAGCUGGUCAAAUUAAAGAUACGCAAAGACGAGGACAACUCAGAUGAGCAGGAGACGUCAGGCAGCAUCAUCUACACUGUGGAGCUGAAGCGCUAUGGAGGCCCUCUGGGUAUAACCAUCUCAGGCACAGAGGAGCCUUUUGACCCCAUCACUAUAUCCGGCCUGACCAAGCGAGGCCUUGCAGAGAGGACGGGCGCUAUUCAUGUGGGUGACCGGAUAUUGGCCAUCAACAGCGUCAGUCUGAAAGGGAAGCCGCUGAGCGAAGCCAUCCAUCUGCUUCAGAUGGCCGGAGAGACGGUGACCCUCAAAAUUAAAAAACAGCUGGACAAUUUAGAGGAGAGGAAAGCAGCAGACGCUGAGGAUGCGACAGAGAAUGAGGUCAGUGACCCAGAGGAGGAUGAUUUGACAGACAGCCAACAGACCAAUAAGCUGUCAGAACUUUACUCCACAACUAUACCGAGUGUGGACUCGGCCUUGGAGUCCUGGGACGGUUCUGGACUGGACGCAGGAUACGGCAGCCAAGGUACGUACGCACAACAAGGAGCGGGCAUCGCCCUCCAUCCACAUGAGUGGCGUAGCUCCAAACAGCAACGUAGCACAACGCCACCUCCUGGAAGAAGGAAGAACUACCCGUUUAGUGAUGGAGGCUUCAGUGAGGAUGAGUGGGACAAACCACCAGGAUUUAUUGGCCAAGCACCAGAUGGUAUUCUGCUGGAUCCGGAUGACAGUUUUUGGUGUCAGGCUCUAGAAGACCUGGAGACUUGUGGUCAGUCUGAACUUCUCAGAGAGAUCGAGGCUUCCAUCAUGACAGGUACAGCUAUCAGUCUGGGAGUAGAAGGUGCCAACAAACCUCCAGCUGAGCCCAUCCUGAGCCACAGGAUGAGCCCCCUGCGGAGAAACUCUCUCCUUCUUCAGGCAAACCUGCUUCACCAGAACGCACACCUGCACCAGGGGGUCCAUUUACACCAGGACGUCCAUCUGCACGAUGAGGCCCACAUCCACCAAGACUCCCACUUGCAUGACGAGGCCCAUUUUAACCACGAGGCCCACCUGCACCCUGGAGCCCACAUCCACCAAGAGAAUCAGUCCCCCCUUCUGCACCAUGAUCCAAAGCUCAAGGCUUCAUUAAGAGUGUCAGAGAGAACGUGGGAAUCUCGUCGGAUCAAAGAGGAAAUGCAGGGAAUUUUGUCCCCAACGCCUCUGGAGCUGCACAAAGUAACGGUGAUAAAGGACCCAGAGAGCGACGACUUUGGGUUCAGCGUGUCUGACGGCUUCCUGGAGAAAGGCGUGUAUGUCAACAUGAUCAGGCCCGAUGGGCCAGCAGACAGAGCUGGACUGAAACCCUUCGACAGGAUCCUGCAGGUCAACCAUGUCAGAACGAGAGACUUUGACUGCUGCUUAGCGGUGCCGCUCAUCACCGAGGCUGGAGACAGACUGGAGCUGGUCAUCAGCAGAAACCCUCUGGCCGGCGACACUCCAGAAGACAACAACAACACUUUAGACCAUCCCUUAAGUCUGUAACCAACAAUGCAAACAGACACACAAUCUCUUUUUAAUUGCGCAUUAACACUACAAGUCAUAAAUUGUGAACAUAUUUACUGUGACUGGCCUGGGAAUAAACACAGGUUAGCAAUAACUCUAAAUAUACAGAGACUGAAAACACUGAAAUACAAACAAAAACACCCUGCAUGCAUACAUUCCACUUACAGAGUUGUACUGCUGUUAUACAGUAUAUUCUUUAUAGAAAAAUAUCAAAACAUCAAACAAAAAUGUGACUACAAUAUAAAAAAAUCACCAAAAUUUCAUUAAUAAGUGUAAAUUUCAGAAAUUUUGAUUCUUUUUAUUUUGUUGUUUUCAAGUGAAUAAAAUUCAACUAAAUGCGUCAGAUGGUGGAUUUUUUCUGUUUUUACAAAAAUGCAUGGGUCAUGUUCUAGAUUUUAUAUACUUUGGAGAAGGAAAACGAAAAGUGCUCUUUUUAAGGAGCAUAUUAAGACUGAACAUAAAAGAUAAUAGAUAUUAUCUAUCUUUAGCAAACGGCUCAUCCAGAUGUCAUCAUUAUAAUGUGCUUAAACACAGUUUCCCUUCUUUGGCUGAGGAACGGUGUCCAAGAAAAAAUCUUGUCAGUAUCAACAAAUGAGCACUUAAGAACAUUUUUAUAAUAUUGUGGCCCUAUUUCCAUUUUCAUGCCAUCGAAACUCUGUGAAAUCAACCUUUUCUUAACCAAACGGUCAGAGAUUUUUCUGUUUAAGUCAGAAAAAAAAUAUAUUUUCUCUAAACAUUUUCAAUGGCUUCUCAAAUUUGCGUUGAAAUAAAUGUCAUUGUGUUUUGUGUUACUCCAGCUGGAGUCAGUUGGAUGUGAAACAUUAGCAGCUCUGAGUCGUUUCCUCUGCAGAGAAACAUUAGGAAUGCUUUUCACACAAAACUCAUGUUAUGUUUUUGGUUUUAAUUAAAAAAUAGCAUUAAUUUAAUUUUAAAAAUGUAUCAUUUCUAACCUUCCUAAUAAUGACUGGACAAAUCUUUAGUGAUAUUACACAAAUCAAACUGUUUUUAUGAAUGCAGAGCUGCUGUUUGCUUGUCUUACCUUGAUGAUUUCUCAAGAUGAGAUGUGCAAAAAUGAUUUUGUCAGCUUCCUGCCACAACUGGAUUCACAGUGAUUUGCAUGAAUGUGAGAAAUGGAAAAUAAUUUGUACAUAUUAGAAGAUAUAGAUGUGAAGAAACAGGUGCUAACAUUUCAUAAAAUGAGGAUUCUUUUAGCAGGCAAAAGAGGAAAUAAGAAAACCUCAUUCUUAGCUGUGGUUUCCAUUAGAUGGACAUUUGUGUUUGCUGUUCAAAUGCAAGUUAAUGCUGAAAUAUGUUUUUAAAAUUCCCAGUUUUUAUGUUGAUAUUGGCUGUCUGUGAAAUUUUCCAUGAGUAAUGUGGUGUUUUGCACAGCUGUGCAUGCAGCUGCAAUGCUGUGAAAGAUUAUUUACUGCCUGUCAGAUUAUAAUGUCCAAGAAAAACUGUUUUCAAAUGAUGAUUUCAUUUAUUAAGGCAAAAAAAACUAUCCAAACCAACUUGGCUCUUUGUGAAGAAGUAAUUCCACCAUAAACCUGAUGACUGUUUUUGCCAACAUUGGCAGCAACAGCUGUCAUUAAUUGUUUGGGACAAAUAGAAAAACUUUUAAACUCCUACAGAUGAUUUUUUACCCACUCUUCUUUGCAUAAUUGUUUUAACUCAACUGCACAAGAGGCCUUUCCAGCAUGAAUAGCCUGUUGAAGGUCAUAGGUCAUCAUCUCAGUUGCAUCGUUGCUUAACCCCAGUGAGUGUCAGUCUGAGGUCACAAACCGAGAGCCAGAUAUUCACUCCAGGAGUUUAGAGGACAUUAAUGAUUGUCAUCCACGGUUCCAGUAAAGACAAGUUGUCUUCUACUGAAGAAGCACAAAACCUCAAUCACAGAACAACAACCAUGUUUUUCAUAACCCUAGAUGUACAAUGCUAGUUUUUUUCCCUUAAUACAUGCAAUAAUUAUUUGAAACCUUGUUUUUGUAAAUUCUCAGGCUAUUUUUGGCUGAUACUAAACCAUCUAAGUUUCACAAAACCAAAAAAGAAGCAGUCUACUCUGUAUGUAUGAAUACAUUAUCACUGUCUAACUCAGUAGUAAGCGACAUCAGGCUGUGAGAAAGACACAACAUAUGAAACAUGAAAGAUGAAUACCAGAACAUUUGCAUUUGUGAGAGAGAACAGAAAAGGUUUUAUCCAGCAAAGAACUGGAAAUGUUUGACAGGAACAAUUACAUCCUGUGUUCCUUUUCGCUGACAGUCUCACUCUUUCCUCAUGCUGUUAUGUAACUCUGCACGGCUCCAGCUGCUCCCUGGAGUAAAACCACGUGUGUAAGAAAGGUGGCGUGUAUGUGCUGCAGAAUUGAUACUUUUCCUGAGAGUAAAUGUAGAGAUGUGGUGUGUUUCCAGUUUUUAUCAUUUUUCUUUUUUACAGAGUGGACAUCACAGAAACAUCUUACUGUUCAGCUCUGAUGUUUUUCACUUUCUCCUCUGAAACUCACAUCAGACUCAAAACAGCAGAAACUCAACGCACAUAAGAAAAAUCUCUGCCAACUCUCCUCAACUAAAAGCACACAGUGGAAUUUCAUACUCUGUAUUUUUUAUGGAAAACUGAACAAACAUGUCUGAGUGCAUUUUAUACUGUGAAGUGGUCAAAAAAGAUCUUUAAAAGAUGAAAAUAAAAAAAAACUGUGAAACAAGGUGAAAUAUGAGAAUGCAAGAAAAGCCUCCCAAAAGGGUUUGGUAGUUCUUUAAAUAUAUAUAAAUAUAUGCAUACAAGUAUGUCUGUAAGUCGUGUAUGUGUGUGUGUGAUCACUCAUGCUCCAUUUGGUUUCCGGGUUUGUUUAAAGCCCAAUCCAGAACCGUGGGUUUCAUGUCAAAAAUCAAGUUAACAAGUUUUCUGUCAUCAUGUUUGUUUCCACUUUUACAGUUGAUUCUUGAGCAUUAAAGUACAAAAAUAAAGUUGUUAGUUUUAAUAAUAAGCUUAAAUUGACUGUCUUUGGGGGAAUUCAAAUAGUUUUAACUGUCCUUGAGACAAUAAAAAAAAAUCUGUACUUUCUUGUACCUGUUUCCUUCUGAACCCAGUGGACAAGUUCUUACAUAACCGGAUAUUUAUGAUAUAAUAAGCUGUUCACCUCGGUUUUCCUGUGCCUUUCUAAUGCAGUAUUUUAUAUUUUUAUGGCUUAUCUCAGCAUGAAAUCUAAAAUGGAUGUAGCUUCCUCCAGUAAUGUGCAGUUUUUAAUUCCUUGGCCUGAGGAGAGCCGGGUCAUGGCUGUCAGAUACUUUCUUCUUUCUCUCCUUCUGAUUUUUUAAAAAUCAUUUUAUCUUUAGAUUUAUUGGUUCUUUUAUCAGUUCCUCCUUUCAUUAUGCUAUAAAUUUUCCCUGAAGUUGUGUGUCUGUUGCUCACAUGACUUUUUGUCAAGUGUGUAACAACCUGCUUGUCUGGUGAUUUUGAGUGUUUUCCAGAAAGUUUAGCACAUUAACGGUGUGAGGUUGGGCAAAGUUCAGUAAAUCUGAACAUAACAGAGAGAAAAGGUGGGUGAAUUAUUGAACUUCAUGACUGGAUGUGUGAAAAUUGGGUUAUUGCUAAUCAUUGUUUUGUUUUGCUAACCAAUGCUAAUAUUGGGGGUUUAGAGAUAUGGAAAACUGAGCACUUUGAAAAGUAAAUAAUGUGUUUUUGGGAUCUGUAAUGGUGUCUUUUGGAAAGCUUCAAUUGUCCUUUGUUUGGAGGUCUUCUAAUAGCUGCUCAUUGACAAGAAUCUAAAAAUAAUUUUGGUAUCAUAACAGCCAGUCAGCUGCUCUGUGGCUGUUUUUUUCAGCUCAACUAAAAGAUCUUCAUAUUGACUGGAUGGAAAUAUAUUUUGGAAACCAGUAAAAUAUUCAUGUGUCCAGUCUGCAGCAAAUACUGUACAAUAAAAACACAGAAAUCUGGAAUUCCAGCCAGUUUGAACUGUGUAUUAAAUCAUCGUUUACAAUCUAGGUUACCAUCUUUCCCCAUGUUGACGUUCUUGAUAGCUUCUUUUUUUUUUUAUUGAAUUUUUAAAAAAAAGAAAGAAAGAAAAUUGCAAUUGUUUUCUGCUUGUAAUAUUCUGGCAUGUUUACCUGACAAUCCUUAAUACGAUUCUGGAUUGGGCCAUUAAUGGUACUGUUGAUAUUGUGUUAUUUUGUUUGUUUUUAAUUAUGUAAAGUUCUAUGUAAAAUGCUAUUUUUCUAUAAUACUACUACUCUUCAAAAACAUAAAAAGAAAAUUCUGAAGAAAAAAAAACAAGAUGAAAAACAAAAUGUAUAACUUUGUUUUUGGUCAUUUUUAUUUUUUCAUUUUGCUCAUUUUCUAUGAAACCAAGAGUGUACUGCUAUACUUCUUUUUGAGAAGAAAACCAAUUAAA